AUGUGGAACACUGUUUUUGGUGUUAUUUUGGACCGCUUAUGGUGGAGGCGCAAUGAAUGGGUAUUUCGCAAUAAAUUGAGGGACACUAAUGCAGUGGUCAUGAAUGUUAAGAGCUUUCUUUGUGACUGGAAUAACAACAAGAAGCUCCAGCAAAACCUUACUCCAGAUUAUAUCAAUGUCAGUAUUGAGGAAGCAGAGCGGUGGAAAAGACCUUUGGAGGGAUUUGCAAAAGUUAACUGUGAUGGAGCACUUCAUCAUAUAGCUGCUAUAGCUUCGUGUGGUGCAGUGCUUCAUAAUGACGAUGGUGUUUUCAUGCAAGCGUACUCGAGGAGACUAGGACAUUGCUCAAUCUUAGAAGUUGAACUUUGGGCGAUUUUUCAUGGUCUAAAUAUGGUGGGGAACUAUUAG